GCCUGCCAGGAGCCGCCGACUUCCGCUGCCGGCCCAUUUCCUGAAGGGCCGCCCUUAAACACCGCCCGCCGCGCUCGGUGGGCGCUGCCGCCGCCACCGCCCGCCCCUCCUGCCCUGCCUCCGCGGCAUGCCCACGCCGGGAGCCGGCGGCGUGAAGGGAAGGCGGCGUCCACCCGCGGGGAACGUUUUCUGACUGAAACCGCCGGUGCGGGUCACGUAACGGAAGGCGGCCCUCGCGGGUGGGCGCUGGAGGGGAGCGAGGCCUGCCAGGCCGUCCCCCGGGCCCCGCCGCCCGCCCGCUCGCCCGGCCUGAGGGGGCAUGCGGGGGUAGCCCGCGCCAGCAGCCAGCUUACCAGCGGCGCCUCCCUUGCCCGUCGCCCCUCGCCUCAGUGGUCGCUACGGAGCUGGCUUCAGGCGGCCCCAAGAUGUUUAGCUGGCUGGGCACCGAUGACCGCCGGAGGAAGGACCCCGAGGUGUUUCAGACGGUCAGCGAGGGUCUGAAAAAGCUCUACAAAACCAAGCUGCUCCCCCUGGAAGAGCACUACAAGUUCCAUGAGUUCCACUCGCCGGCACUGGAGGAUGCAGACUUCGACAACAAGCCCAUGGUGCUCCUCGUGGGGCAGUACUCCACUGGGAAAACCACCUUCAUCAGGUACCUGCUGGAGCAGGAUUUCCCAGGGAUGAGGAUUGGACCAGAGCCUACAACUGACUCCUUUAUAGCAGUUAUGCAAGGAGAUGUGGAAGGAAUCGUUCCUGGAAACGCGUUGGUGGUGGAUCCCAAAAAACCGUUCAGGAAACUCAACGCCUUUGGCAAUGCCUUUUUGAACAGGUUCGUUUGUGCCCAGCUACCUAAUCCCGUGUUAGAGAGUAUCAGCGUCAUUGAUACACCAGGAAUCCUUUCUGGAGAAAAACAAAGAAUUAGCAGAGGUUAUGACUUCGCCGCUGUGCUGGAGUGGUUUGCAGAGCGGGUUGACCGCAUCAUUCUCCUUUUUGAUGCACACAAGCUGGACAUCUCUGAUGAAUUCUCUGAGGUCAUCAAGGCCCUGAAGAACCAUGAGGACAAGAUGAGAGUUGUUCUCAACAAGGCUGACCAGAUAGAGACUCAACAGCUGAUGCGGGUGUACGGUGCCCUCAUGUGGUCCCUGGGAAAGAUUGUCAACACUCCUGAGGUCAUCAGGGUUUACAUUGGCUCCUUCUGGUCCCAUCCAUUGCUCAUCCCCGACAACCGCAAGUUGUUUGAGGCAGAGGAGCAGGACCUGUUCAGGGAUAUCCAGAGCCUGCCCCGCAAUGCAGCCCUGAGGAAGCUGAACGAUCUCAUCAAACGAGCACGGCUGGCCAAGGUCCAUGCCUACAUCAUCAGUUCCCUAAAGAAGGAAAUGCCCUCAAUGUUUGGGAAAGACAAUAAAAAGAAAGAGCUUGUUAACAACUUGGGAGAGAUUUAUGCCCGGAUUGAACGGGAGCAUCAGAUCUCACCAGGAGAUUUCCCUAAUCUGAGGAAGAUGCAGGAUCAGUUGCAAGCCCAGGAUUUUAGCAAGUUCCAGCCUCUGAAGAGCAAGCUGCUGGAGACCGUGGAAGACAUGCUGGCCAAUGACAUCGCCCAGCUCAUGGUGCUCGUACGCCAGGAGGAGUCACAGCGGCCAACCCAGAUGGUUAAGGGAGGAGCCUUCGAGGGCACCUUGCAUGGUCCAUUUGGCCAUGGCUACGGCGAAGGCGCUGGUGAAGGGAUCGACGAUGCCGAGUGGGUGGUGGCCAGGGACAAGCCCAUGUACGAUGAGAUCUUCUACACACUGUCACCUGUCGAUGGUAAAAUAACUGGUGCCAAUGCGAAGAAGGAGAUGGUAAGGUCUAAGCUGCCCAACACAGUGCUGGGCAAGAUAUGGAAACUGGCUGACAUCGACAAAGAUGGCAUGCUGGAUGAUGAGGAGUUUGCCUUGGCGAAUCAUCUCAUUAAAGUCAAGUUGGAGGGUCAUGAGCUGCCAAAUGAGCUCCCUUCCCAUCUCCUCCCUCCAUCCAAAAGGAAAAUAACAGAGUGAAAGGAAGGUUACAGGGGAGAGGGAAAGGGAGGGGAAAAAAAGAUCUAGAAAAACAUGUUUACUUAAGUUAUACCUUUAGAUGUGAGAUCACCUUUGGAUUUAUACUUAUUUUGCUGUAUGAAGAAAAAAACCCAAGCAGAACAAAAAAGUCCAAUCCUCCUUCAUGAUAAUAUGCAAUUAACUCUUCCAGUGUAAUGUCCCUGCUUUCUAAUGUGUAGUCUGUAAAUAUGAAGGUAAAGAAAGGAUGUUGAGACUAGGAGAGUCUAAUAAGCAGGAGCAGAAGAAAAAAGAAAAACGUGAAGUGGGCUGCAUUUUUUGAGAGCGGAAUAGGCACCAAUAGAAAUCUGCUAACUGCCAGUGUCACUCCUGAGCUUUGGCUGCACCUUCUGCUGUUUAAUGGGUCUCACAAACCUCAGGAGACUGAGUUCUUGAUAGGGAAGAGGAAGCCACAAGGUCUCAAAGCUAUUGGCCAAACUAAAGAGCACUUCCUAAUUAACAUAAGCCCACACUAAAAUACUAGAUACUAAACCCCAGAGUUAAGAAUUUUAGAAACCUUGAUUCACUGUUAGAUGCAAAUUUUACAAGUGUUUCCCUGUCCUUGAAGAAAAAAGUAUAAAUAAAAUCUGAAACAGCUCUGAACUGGGCACCUGGAGUUACUCAUUGUUCGCUGUGGGACAGGCACUAAGAAUUCCCCGAUCACCUCCACCUCCCAUUUAGUCCCCGGGGGGGACAUUUGUUCUGCAGGCAUGGCCAAGAGAACCACCCCCAGGGGAAACAGAAGGAGGGGGCACUAGAGGCAGACAUCAGGUGGGUUGGGAGGGAGGAACACCACUCCCAGACUCACUGAACAUUUCACAACCAGUGGAUAGCGUUUUCUCUUUGAACAAUGGUGGUGUUUAUCAUUCCUGUGAAAUGGUCUGUUUGCUCUCAUCGUGCACAGCGGAAGCUCCUAGGUCCCAUUUUUACAAAAGGAACCCCACACCAUCAGGUCCAUGAUAAGAAUAGACAACACAGUGGGGCAGUGGACAGAGCUUGCUCUACUGCCUGUGCCCCCACAAACAUAGCCCAGAUGUUGAGAGCCUUCACCCACCCUCCUCCUCGCCACACAGUAACACUCGAUCCCCUCCAGAACCUCUACCCUGAGCCAAGAGACCUUCCUCCCCUCUUUCAUGCUCUGUGAAAUUUUUGUUUUCAAGACCUGAUUUUGGCAAAGUCCCUCGAUUUCCUAUUUUGUUUGUCCCAAACACACAUACACGCACGCACUCUUCUGGUUUUUGUUGUCGCUUUGGAGCAGCGUGUUGUCCCAAUUCCUGUUGUCACUUUAUAUAAGCUGAGCUCCUACUGUGAUGAAAAACCAAGACAAGUAUAACUUAUUUUAUAUCUCUGUGUUCAUAUUAUAUAGAGAAAUAUAUUCUGUGUAUGUAGGAUGUGCUUAUUGCAGUACAUUUAUCACUUGUCUUAAUUAAUGCAUUAACCUUUUUUGUACCCUGGUCCUAAAACAUUAUUAAAAAAGAAAGGCCA